CCGGACAGGAGUACGGCUUGUGGGGUCGAGACCGCGCGGCGGUUGAGCGGCGGGAGGCGCCGGCGGGCGGGCGAGGGCCCGGCGGAGGGCGAUAUCUGCACCACUUGGGUUCUUGGAGUCCUGUAAAGAGGUCCACAUGCUUCAUUCAGCUCACCUGUUUGCUUGCCAGUGGUUACUGAGCAUCUGUUCUGCACCAGGACUCGCGGCGGGUACAAGGCAUACAGUUUAGGGCACAGGUCCGCCAGGGGAGGCCCUUCCAAGGCAUCCCGGAGGCAGUGACCUAAAAGACAAGACAUCAUCGGGAGGUCAGGGGGAAGAUAUGUUCCAGGACAAGAGAACAAUCCAUACAAAGGCCCUGAGGCAGGAACGGGCUAGGCAUAUUCAAGGCCCACAAAAGCCCAUGUGGGGUGAGCGAAGCCGAUGGUGCAGGGCCUUCUGUACAGGGUAUGGUGCUUGGUUUCAUGUACGGGCAGUGGGAAACCAGUAGAGCAGCACCACCCGAUAGAACAUUCUGCAGCAAUGGAGAUGUUCUCUGUCUGUGCUGUCCAGUACGGUGGCGACGGCACUUGUGUGGCUAUUGGACACUUGCAGUAUGACUGGUGUGACCGAGGAGCCGAAUUUUGCCUUUCAUUCUUUUCUCCUUAGCUUAAAUAGACGCACGUGGCCAGUGGCUCCCAUACCGGACAGUGCAGCCGUGGAUACUCCUGCGGAAGGCAGGGAUGCGGGCCAGGCCUGGAAUGCAGCAAGGUCCUGGGGGUGAUGGGCUUGGUCACUAGAGCUGGGCAGGUGAUCCAACAGCUGACGCGGUUGCCCCUGGCGUUCACAGCGGAUGUCCCGAGGCGUGAGCCCCCAGCCACGUGGCUGGGCCCAGUAGCACAUCGUGGGACGGGAGUGUGCGCCCACACAUGGUUUGGCCCUGCGGUGACCGGAGCAGCCUGGGCCACCACCAUGAUGGAGUUGUUGGUGGCCAAAGUCCUCUGCAUGGUGGGCGUGUUCUUCUUCAUGCUGCUUGGCUCCCUGCUCCCGGUGAAGAUCAUCGAGACGGAUUUUGAGAAGGCCCAUCGCUCAAAAAAGAUCCUCUCGCUCUGCAACACCUUCGGAGGCGGGGUCUUUCUGGCCACGUGCUUCAAUGCCCUCCUGCCCGCCGUGAGGGAAAAGCUCCAGAAGGUUCUGAGUCUCGGGCACAUCAGCACCGACUACCCGCUGGCCGAGACCAUCGUGAUGCUGGGCUUCUUCAUGACCGUCUUCCUGGAGCAGCUCAUCCUGACGUUCCGCAAGGAGAAGCCGUCCUUCAUCGAUCUGGAGACCUUCAACGCCGGCUCGGACGCUGGCAGCGACUCGGAGUACGAGAGCCCCUUCAUGGGGGGCACGCGGGGCCAUGCGCUCUACGCGGAGCCCCACCCCCACGCACACGGGCUCAGCGUCCAGGAGCUGUCGCGCUCCAGCCCGCUGAGGCUCCUCAGCCUGGUGUUUGCCCUGUCGGCGCACUCCAUCUUCGAGGGCCUGGCCCUGGGCCUGCAGGAGGACGGCGAGAAGGUGGUGAGCCUGUUCGUGGGGGUGGCCGUCCACGAGACGCUGGUGGCUGUGGCCCUGGGCAUCAGCAUGGCCAGGUGCUCCAUGGCCCUGAGGGACGCGGCCAAGCUGGCCGUCACCGUGAGCGCCAUGAUUCCCCUGGGCAUCGGCGUCGGCCUGGGCAUCGAGAGCGCACAGGGUGUGCCCAGUAGCGUGGCCUCGGUGCUGCUGCAGGGCCUGGCGGGCGGCACGUUCCUCUUCGUCACCUUCUUUGAGAUCCUGGCGAAGGAGCUGGAGGAGAACAGUGACCGUCUGCUCAAAGUCCUCUUCCUGGUGCUGGGUUACGCUGUCCUGGCCGGCAUGGUCUUCCUCAAGUGGUGAACUGCCCACCGCCCGCCCGCCGGACACAGGCGGUCCCCCAGCCCCCCGUCCCCCAGGCGGGGGCGCUCAGGCCCCGGGCUUCCGCCUGUGCACGGAGGGGCUGCGCCCCAGAUCCUAUGCCCUGAGCCCGAGGCACCGCGACCACUUUUAAAAAUACUGCUCUUAUAAUUACUUACCAAA